AUGCAUUUUUCUUCCGCGAUCGCAAUCGGCCUGGCGCCAUUGUUCGCGAGUGCCUACCUCAGCGGGUCUGUAGGCCCAACAACCUCCAUCGCCACAAAGAACAACAACAAGAUUUGCAACGUCCUGGACUACGGCGCCAAGGCUGACAAGAAGACUGAUGUCGGUGCUGCCAUCACCUCUGCCUGGGCAGACUGCAAGGACGGUGGUGUCGUAUACAUUCCUUCCGGCGACUAUGCCUUUGAGUCCUGGGUCAGAUUGACUGGUGGAAGCAGCUGUGCUAUUCAACUGGAUGGUAUCCUUUACCGAACUGGUACCGAGGGUGGAAACAUGAUCAUGAUCGAGCACACCAAGGACUUCGAGUUGUUCAGCUCUACCUCCAAGGGUGCGGUGCAGGGAUAUGGUUACGAGUACCACAAGGAGGGAUCUAGCAGCGGUGCCAGAAUCCUGAGACUGUAUGAUGUGACUGACUUCUCAGUUCACGACCUUGCUCUUGUCGAUGCGCCUGUUUUCCACUUCUCUUUGGAUACUUGUGAGAAUGGUGAGGUUUACAACCUUGCUAUUCGUGGUGGUGACAAGGGUGGCUUGGAUGGUAUUGAUGUUUGGUCCACUAACAUCUGGAUCCACGAUGUCGAAGUUACAAACAAGGAUGAAUGUGUCACUGUCAAGAGCCCCGCCAAGAACAUCCUCGUGGAGAACAUUUACUGCAACUGGAGUGGUGGUUGUGCCAUGGGCUCCCUGGGCUCCGACGUUGAUGUCAGCGACAUCACCUACCGCAACAUCUACACUUGGAAGUCGAACCAAAUGUACAUGAUCAAGAGCAACGGAGGCAGCGGUAACGUCGAGAACGUCCUUCUCGAGAACUUCAUUGGUAAAUAUUCACCAAAGACCCCAACGAAAUAUAAUCUAACACUCCCAGGCCACGGAAACGCCUACUCUCUCGAUAUCGACGGUGCCUGGAGCAGCAUGAGCACGGUUUCCGGCGACGGCGUCCAGCUCACCAACGUCACAGCCAAGAACUGGAAGGGUACCGAGCAGUACGGUGCCCAGCGUGGCCCCAUCAAAGUGAAGUGCGCGUCUGGUGCGCCCUGCAAGGAUAUGGUCAUUGAAGACUUCGCCAUGUGGACCGAGAAGGGUUCGACCCAGGGAUACACUUGCGAGAACGCCUACGGCUCCGGCGCCUGUCUCAAGGAUGGAGACGACUACUCUGCGUACACAACUACCCAGACCAUCAAGUCUGCGCCUUCUGGAUACUCUGCCGCUAGCAUGGCCUCUGACUUGGCCACUGCAUUCGGCACUGCGUCUGAAAUUCCCAUCCCUGCCAUCCCCACUUCGUUCUACCCCGGCGCGACCCCUAUCUCCGCGCUUGCUGGAGCUCAGGCAACUUCUUCUUAA